AUGGUGGACUGGGCCAUCGUGGUUAUCCUCGUUCAAUUCAAAUUAUCAACAGGAACGCGAGAUAAAGAAGGAUUAUUGAGAGUUGGAAGUAGAAUUCAGCAUGCGAAUAUUGAAAGUGAUAUGAAGACUCCGCUAAUCAUACCUCACGAAGGUCAUUUAACAAACUUGCUAAUAGACCAAGCGCAUAGAAAUACAUUUCAUGGUGGUACAAGGUUGACUCUAUCACGCCUAAGACAGCAGUACUGGGUGUUAGGAGGGAACAGAGCGGUUAAGAAGUAUAUCCGCAAGUGUGUUACCUGCAGAAAGCAUAACCCCGAUAAGCAAUACCAACUUAUGGGUGAUUUACCAGCAGCCCGCACCAAUCCAACCCGGCCGUUUUACAACUGCGGCGUCGACUUCACUGGCUACGUUGACGUCAAAUACAACAAAGGUCGAGGAGCCAAGACGACCAAAGGAUACAUUGCCGUAUUCGUUUGUAUGGUGAUAAAAGCAGUGCAUCUCGAGCUUGUCUCCGAUUUAUCUUCGUCAGCAUUUAUAUCAGCACUUCGGCGGAUGGCAGCUAGACGUGGGGCACCGCGUCAUGUAUACUGCGACAAUGCAACAAACUUUGUAGGCGCCGGUCUCAUCUUACAGAAAGAGUUCUUGAACUUGCAACAAUUAUUAGAUCAACAAUUUUAUCACCAAGUCACUGACAUGGAAAUAGAAUUUCAUUUUAACGCGCCAUCUUGGCCCAGUGCCGGCGGGCUCUGGGAAGCAGCGGUCAAGAGCCUUAAGCAUCACCUUCGAAGAGUACUUGGAGAACAAAAACUCACCUAUGAGGAGUAUUCUACAUUAUUAGCACAGAUAGAAGCAUGUUUGAACACUAGACCUCUGUGUGCUAUCAUAGAAGAUCCCGAAGACAUAAAUUUUCUCACACCGUCUCACUUCUUAUCAAGUGGCCCGACGCUUAGCAUCAUAGAAACCGAACGAGAUGAAAGGACAAGAUGGCAGCUAACACAAAAAAUCUUUAAUGAUUUAUGGAAACGUUGGCAAAACGAAUAUCUGUGUCAAUUAUCAGCUCGCAGUAAGUGGCAGCAGCUCCAGCAGAAUCAACAAAUAGGCGAUUUAGUCAUCAUUCAUGACACGAACUUACCUCCCGGCAAAUGGCUACUUGGCAGAGUCGUCGAUUUGCACCCUGGAAAGGAUGGGCAUGUACGGGUCGUAACAGUCAAGACGAAGAAUGGCAACAUCCAAAGACCAGUCUCUAUCAGCAGAAGCAGCGUCCGCGCCGAAGAACGCGACAGGAACACCUCUGCGAGCAAUGCAGUCAAUACACACAUCGUCACCGCCGCCAUCGCAGGUCCCGCGCGCCGCAGAUCGCGUGCGCUCCUCAGCGACAUCGGGCAACUCUACCAAUGA